AUGGCCCCAGCAUUCGAAGACGAGAACCUGGGCAGGGACAAUGUCAACGGGAACGGGAAGAGCGUCGCUGUCCCGCGACUGCUUAUAAUUGGAGCAGGACAUCGUGGAAAUGCUUACGCCAGAGCAGUAGUCGACUCUGGCUUGGCCAUCGUGGCAGCUGUCGCAGAUCCUGUAGACUUCAGACGCUCACAGCUGGGGGCACGUUAUAUCUGGGCAGAUUCCGACCCAUCCCCAGAGCAAGAAUUCAAAGGGUGGAAAGAGUUCAUCAAGUAUGAGCAGCAUAGAAGAAAGGAUGAAGCCUCCGGAGUUCCAUGUCCGGCGGGGAUUGACGGCGUGUUCAUCUGCGUUAGGGAUGAGCAUCACAUCGAAGCCAUCACUGCAAUUGCUCCACUUGGCCUUCAUGUUAUGAGCGAGAAGCCACUGGCAACGACACUGACCGAUUGCCUCAGGAUUGAGAAAGCGCUCAGCGCGGCCCCAAAGCGGGUGUUCGCUAUUGGACAUGUUUUACGGUAUUCGCCUCAUAACAUGCUCCUUCGCCAUCUUGUCAGAGAAAAGAACGUGAUAGGUGACGUCCUUUCGAUUGAGCACACGGAGCCUGUUGGCUGGUGGCAUUUCAGCCACUCCUAUGUCCGAGGCAAUUGGCGAAAGGAAUCCACGACAGCAMCCAGUCUGCUGACAAAAAGCUGCCACGAUAUCGAUUUUAUCCUAUGGAUGCUAUGCUCGCCUGGUCCGGGAAGCAAAUCCGGUGCCCAUCUUCCAGCGCGCCUGAGCUCGCAUGGGUCAUUGAAACAAUUCCGUCGAUCUCAAAAACCCGAAGCCGCAGGAAGCUCAACGAAUUGCCUGUCUUGUCCUCUCAAGGAGACCUGCAAGUUCUCCGCCGUCAAGAUCUAUCACGAUAGACAUCUGGCACAAGGUAAAGCUAAAUGGCCCGUGGACGUUGUGAAUGCAGAGAUUGAGAGCAUCGCAUCCAAAGCUGGCCCAGAGCUCGCCAAAGAAACGCUGAUGAAGUCUCUUGCGGAAGAUUACAAUGAGACAACCCCAUUGCCGGACAUUGAAAGCAGAUCCUGGUAUGGGCGAUGUGUGUGGGAGGGCGAUAAUGAUGUGUGCGACGAUCAAUUCGUCACAAUAGAAUGGGAUGAUGAUUCAAAGCACGGAGGCGCCAAGACAGCAACAUUUCACAUGAUUGCGCAGACCCUCGCUCAGUGCGAGCGCAGAGGAAGAAUAUAUGGCACUUCAGGCGAGGUUGCAUACGACAGUAAAAGCAUCACAGUGCACGACUUUGAAAACGACACGACGAAGACRUACAAUCCUGAGGUGCCAAAGAACUCUCAUCAUGGCGGUGGAGACGAUGGGCUGACCCAGCAGUACAUCAAGGCUGUUAUUGCUUGUAUGGACGGAACAAUGGAUGUCGAGGAAGCUCAGGUGGAACAUUUGGGAUGCACGAUUGAAGAGGUCAUAAGGAGUCAUGCCGCCGUUUUCGCUGCCGAAGAGGCGAGAAGGGACAGAAAGGUUGUGGAUUGGGCGGAGUGGUGGGCUAGAAAUGUUGUCAGCACCCCCGAUGGAUUGGAGUAA